AUGCGUCGAGCAGCGACUCACAUUUUCCGUGCAGGACGCUGUAGACCUCUCCGUAACCUCCGGCGUGUCCCGCAACCACCCUUCACAGCCAACUAUGGAGUAGCACCGCGGGCUAUAUCCUUCCCAAGGAGAACCGUUGCCAUUACUCCUGCUACACUGCAAUCGUCCAUGCACUUCCGGAACCUUUCUCUGGCAUUUAUUUCGACUUUGGUGGCAUCGGGCGCUUGGUACGCCUACAAAGGUAGCCAAGGGACUGGUGGCAUCCCGAGCCCCUUGGGUUCCAACAAUAGUUUAGUAUCGCCGACUGGAAUUCAAUCUAGGGGGGUUUCAUCCACUGCUGCUUCAAUAAUCAGUGCAGAGGAGACUGCUGAAGCUACACGCCGUGCCCUCCUGGUGGAAAAUGAACAAUUCUACGCCAGUAAUAUUGUUGGAAGCGGACCCCUCUCAAAGGAAACGGACAGCUCGGGAAGACGAGUGCUGGAGAUGCUAACCCCCGAACAAGCGACGCAGAAGCUGAGGCGGAAUGAAGAGUCGUAUCUGGUGGGCCGUGGAAGAGGGGUGGUUCGAUACGAUGUUGUUCAAUUACCCAGCAACGACCCCAUUGAAGACGACCAUGCGGAAAAAAUAGUGGAAGUUCCGCAAUCAGUUGCCGCGUCAGAGGAUAGUACCACAACGAGUGAUUGGAUGUUCUGGGGCGUAUUUGACGGACAUUCAGGGUGGACGACAUCCGCGAAACUGCGCCAGGCCUUGAUAUCCUUCGUUGCACGCGAAUUAAACGCGACUUAUAAGUCUGCCGCCGCAGAUCCGUCCAAGACAUUUCCAUCACCAGAAGCCGUUGACAAUGCAAUAAAGAGCGGCUUCGUCCGGCUUGAUCACGAAAUAGUCCACGAGAGCGUGAACAAGGUUAUGAAAUCUAACUCGAAGCGGGUUGCCGCAGAGCUCCUCGCACCCGCAUUAUCAGGAUCAUGCGCUCUUCUCGCAUUCUAUGAUAGCAGAUCAAAUUUACUACGAGUUGCCUGCACUGGAGAUUCAAGAGCAGUCCUUGGACGCAGAGCAGCUAGCGGGAAAUGGGUUGCUACUCCACUUUCGGAGGACCAAACCGGCUCAACUCAAUCAGAAGUCGAACGGCUUACCCGGGAGCAUCCAGGAGAACCAAAUGUUGUUCGGAACGGUAGAAUUUUAGGUAAUCUUGAACCUAGCCGUGCAUUUGGAGACGCAUUUUACAAGUGGACACGAGAAACGCAGGAUAAAAUCAAACGACAAUUUUUUGGCAGAACACCACACCAACUCUUGAAGACGCCUCCCUAUGUAACGGCCGAGCCUGUUAUCACCACCACCCCGGUUGAGCCUCGCAACGGCGACUUCGUUGUCUUGGCUACGGAUGGUCUGUGGGAAAUGCUCUCUAAUGAAGAAGUUGUCGGACUUGUCGGGCAGUGGAUAGAGCAUCAACGCUCCCUUGCUCAGGGUACGCAGGGAGCUGCCAAAAGUUGGUUACAGGGUUGGUUCAGGUCUGAGUCGAAUUUACCCGUGGAAAAUCUCGGUACGGGCAAGUCGAGUGGGCAGCGCCUCCCAAUCCGUCAACAGCAAUAUAAUAUUCCCUCCACGAGCGACAGAUUUGCCGUUGAAGACAAGAACGCAGCUACCCAUCUAGUCCGCAACGCGCUUGGUGGUAAGGAUCAGGAUAUGGUUUGUGCAUUGCUUACUCUUCCUAGUCCGUAUUCUCGAAGAUACAGAGAUGACCUCACUGUCGAAGUCAUUUUCUUCGGCGAAGGCCCCGAUACCGGAGAUGUAACGCUGAACACCGAAGCCAGCGCCAAUUCAACUGAAAUGAAAGCUAAGCUCUAG